CGCAUUGUGCACACAACCAAGAGCAGCAUUUCAUCGCUAUCCCCUCCACCCACCCCCUCCCCCCUUUCACUCUCCUCCUUGGGUGUGAAUUGUUUUUAUCCCCCAUCGAAUAACCCCACUUCGUGCUUCUUUUGAAGACAAUUACAGGAGAGAGCAGGCAUCAUGUCUGCCUCAGUCGCCUCCAAGAAUUUGUUCGACCUUCUGGGGAAUGAUAUCGAAGACCCCGAUGCCCCUCCUCCACCUCCGCCUAGAGAGGUGAUUAAGAAUUCCACUACCUCAAAGAAGAGAGUGGAGAAGUUUGCUACUGGCGAUUUUGCUACGGGCGGAUCCCCUCCUAGCGGUAACACUACUGGUGGCCAUGGGCGCCCCUAUAGCGGUAACGAGAGAGCAUUCCGUGAUCGUGAUGCCGGCCGCCAAAACAACCUCGGCAAGGAAACCACAGAAGGUGCUGCUCCCCGUGGUGGCUAUCGUAGUGGGCGUGGAGGGCGCAGGGAGUAUGAUCGUCACAGUGCUACCGGAAGAACUGACUCCGACAAGAAAUAUAACCAAGGAUGGGGUGACACCAGAGGGAGCAGUGAGUGGAAUGACGAACUUGUCGGAGAGGAACUCGCCCAAAAGGAUGCCUCUGGUACCGACCCUGCGGAUCCCAACGCAGCUGCUCCGGCCGAUGCUCCUCCCGGGGAUGAAGAAGCAGAGGAGGUGGCCCCCGAGCCAGAGGAAGAGAAAGUCAAGACUCUCGAUGAGUACCGUGCUGAGCUUGAGCAGCGUCGGGAUGGCCUUGGACCACCAACCGAAGUCCGUCGCCCCAAUGAGGGCACCAAGAAUGACAAGAAAUGGGCUGGAAAGGAGCUCUCUCGCAAGGUGGAGGAGGAGGAUGUCUUUUUUGCCGGUGAAUCCAGGGAAAAGACCAGGACCCGCGAACGCAAGCAGAAGUACCUCCUCGAGUUCGAGACUAGGUAUUCUGAGCCUAGAGAAAAUAGGCGGGGAGGUGAUAGGGGCGGACGCGGGCGUGGUGAUCGCGGGCGUGGUCGUGGCGGCGGUGAUAGGCGCAGCGAUAAUUACCACCGCGGGGGCCAGAAGCCUGGCGGCCACGUUAAUGUUGCUGACGAGUCAGCAUUCCCGGCCUUGGGAUCUAAAAAUCUCCAAGCUGCACCCUAUUGAAACCCCAAUGGACAGAACACACUCCUCAUUUCACGACAUGGCUAGUUUGGGGUCGGGAGGGAGGAAGGGGGGCCACAUGAUCGGGAAAGACGAAGGACAAGCCUUUUAUUUUCUCUAUAUGAUCAUUUUCAUUUUCGUUGCCAUUCUCUUUCUUUCCUCCUCUUCUUGUUCGUUCUUUUGUGGAAAUUAAAAAAUUUGAUCGACUUCUGUUCGCGGUUCCUG